UUCCAUCCCAUGGCCGUCUCUAGGUGAUUUAGCGCCGCCAGUCUCAAGCAGGUAUCCAACAUGGCGAUCACGGGGAGCGGAUCUCUCGCUAUUUCUUUCUCUGCUUUCAUGAUUGUAGCGGCGUUUCUUCACGAAGGAGCUGCUGAAACCGUGACAGUUGACAGCCAGAACCUGGCGACUGACAACGUGUCGGUGAUCGAGGGAGAGACGGCCACCAUUAGCUGCCGAGUGAAGAACAACGACGACUCCGUCAUCCAGCUGCUGAACCCAAACCGACAGACCAUCUACUUCAGAGAUCUGAGACCUCUCAAGGACAGCCGGUUCCAGCUGGUGAAUUUCUCUGACAACGAACUCCGGGUGUCUCUGUCCAACGUAUCGCUCUCCGACGAGGGACGCUACGUGUGCCAGCUCUACACAGAUCCUCCUCAGGAAGCCUACGCAGACAUCUCCGUCCUGGUCCCGCCAGGCAGCCCAAUCAUCGAGAGCCGAGAGGACGUGGUCAGCGAGGGGAACGAGACGGAGCUCACCUGCAUAUCCAUCGGCAGCAAGCCGGCCGCCUCCAUCAGAUGGAUGAAGGGGGAGGACGACCUGACAGCUGAAACGACAACAGUGGAGGAGACGUAUGACAGGAUGUUUACCGUCACCAGUCGGGUGAGGUUUUCUGUCACCAAGGAGGAUGAUGGAGUGCCGGUGGACUGCAUCGUUGACCAUCCAGCUGUAAAGGACCUUCUGGCUCAAAGACACUUGGAAGUGCUCUAUAAACCCGAGGUGAAGAUCGUGGUGACAUAUCCUGAUGGGUUAACAAGAGAGGGCGACAAUCUUGAUUUGACAUGUAUCGCUGAGGGGAAGCCACACCCCCAUCAGAUCAACUGGCUCAGGGUGGACGAAGACGUGCCGCCGCACGCCGUGGUCACCGGCUCCGAUCUCUACAUCGAGAACCUGAACAAGUCGUACAACGGCACCUAUCGCUGCGUGGCGUCGAACGCCGUCGGCGAGGCCUACGACGACUACGUCCUCCAUGUGUACGAUGCUCCCACUACUAUCCCCACACCCACCACCAACCCAGUCAACACGCAAGACUCCAGGGCCAGCGAGGGCGCUCCGCAGAAAAUCGACCACGCCGUCAUCGGUGGAGUGGUCGCCGUCGUGAUGUUUGCGAUCCUCUGCGCGCUCAUUGUGCUCGGCCGGUACUUUGCCAGACACAAAGGAACUUACUUCACGCAUGAAGCCAAGGGAGCGGACGACGCGGCCGACGCCGACACGGCAAUCAUCAACGCAGAGGGGGGCCACAACAACACAGACGAGAAGAAGGAGUACUACAUCUAAACCAGACGGGCCUGAAGUGAUGGUUGGGGACGCGGUGGGAGCACUGCGUCCAGCGUUGAUUGGGUAGUAGGACGGCUUGGGUUAGGGUAAAAGAAGAAGGGGAGAGGAGGACGAGGAGGAGGGAAGUAGGAAUGGCGUAGCCGCGUGGGAAGAAGAGGCGUCGUUUAGUCUCCUGUCCGACCCUUCCUUGGACUGCCGGGUCCUAUUCUGUACAGUAUAAUUAUUUUACAGACAAUUUUGUGCCUUGUUCUAUUUCUUUUGUCGGUUCGUUGGUUUCUAUUCACAUUGCUUGUUGGAUUGGAUUCUUUCUCCAUGUGCUCUACUUGAUCCUUUGUUGCGUUUGGCUUUCAGAGGAGAUAGAAAGGGGUCUGGUGUUUGUCAGUGUGUGCUACAACUAGCUUUUAGCUCAUGUAACCAGAUAUAAGAGAGGCCAGCUCACUCACACUUUUGUUCACUUUUUUAAAUUUUUUUUAUUUCUUUCUCUCCAGUUGCUUAUUAAAUGAAACCCAGUAUCGACAUGUUUCUCCCCGCUGGGUCAAAGUCCUGUGGUGCCUCCCAAUUUCUUCACAUUUAGAUGCAGGUCUGAUUGGUUUUGACGAUUACCUGCACACACACACACACACACACACGCACACACACACACACACACACACACACACGCACGCACGCCUACACGCAACCCCCCCCCUUCAAAUUCAGACUCACUGUAGAUUACUUACGUAACCGUUUUGAGUACUCAUGCCUUUCUUUGAAUGUAUUUGCUAAAGGAGUAAGUACGAGUCACAUGUAUAUGUAUGGGGUUUAAAAUCAAGUUGCGAGAUGCAACCAAUCCCUCAAAAGUUCCCAGAUCCAGUCAGUAACGCAGAACUUUAUUUUGAACCACAUUCCUAAAAAGUCUUGAGCAGCUACCAUUUCUGAAACGUCUUACUAUUUUCAUCAGAUUUAUCCGACAAACUCCCCAAUGUCAGUGGUACCUAAUUCCAUCCAUACCUGCAAUCGAUGCCAUGUUGUUUCUAUAAAGGGAUGUUUCUAUCUUUUUUUGUUCUUUUUUUGUCCCCAGGGUCAAUUAAGAUGAAGUAUUUGCCAAUACAGAGUUUUGAUCUAA